CUUACAGUAGUGGAUGGGUGUGAUGCCACCAUGGAGGCACAGAACAACAACCAGCACACCGUAGACAACGACAACAAUCUCUACAAGAUUUCUGGUCAGGAAGAUCAGAAAAAUGUGCCAAGCAUUAACUACUGCUGCACUCUGGCAAACUUCCGUAUUGAGAAGAAGAUUGGUCGGGGCCAGUUCAGUGAGGUCUACAAAGCCACUUACCUGCUGGAAGGGCAGCUGGUGGCACUCAAGAAAGUCCAGAUCUUUGAGAUGAUGGAUGCCAAGGCUCGUCAGGACUGCAUCAAAGAGAUAGAUCUACUGAAGCAGCUGAAUCACCCCAAUAUAAUCAAAUACCUAGACUCCUUUAUUGAAGACAAUGAGCUCAACAUUGUUCUGGAGCUGGCGGACGCUGGAGAUUUGUCCCAGAUGAUAAAGUACUUUAAGAAGAAGAGGCGACUCAUUCCAGAGAGGACUAUAUGGAAAUAUUUUGUGCAGCUCUGCAGUGCCCUCGAGCACAUGCAUUCACGCAGAGUCAUGCACCGUGAUAUCAAGCCAGCCAACGUGUUCAUAACAGCCACAGGGGAGGUAAAGUUGGGUGACCUGGGAUUAGGCCGCUUCUUCAGCUCUAAAACCACAGCAGCACACUCUUUAGUGGGAACACCUUACUACAUGUCUCCAGAGAGAAUCCAUGAGAACGGAUACAAUUUUAAGUCAGAUAUCUGGUCCCUGGGAUGUCUUCUGUAUGAGAUGGCAGCGCUGCAGAGUCCGUUUUAUGGAGACAAGAUGAACCUACUGUCCCUUUGCCAGAAGAUUGAGCAGUGUGAUUACCCUCCCCUCCCACCGGACCAUUACUCUGAGAAGCUGCGAGACCUGGUUAGCAUGUGCAUCAGCCCAGAUCCUGACCAGCGGCCGGACAUCAUCUUUGUGCUGCAGAUCGCCAAACAGAUGCACAUGUGGACUUCCAGCACCUGAGCCCCCUUUCUGCUCAGUCUGAGGACCACUAGAAGUGAGCUCUGCCCGAUCCCGCAGAAAAGUGUUAGCCUUACCCUCACCUGGAUGGCAGGAAACCAUGGAAAGACUUGCACUUGUGGACCGUGAUGUUUUGACAUCAAAACACCCACUUAUUUUCUGUUGUGGAGGAUGUAAAGAGGGGCGUUAGUGGUGCAGCACUCUUGGAAAGUGGGGUUUAUGACUAUGAUCAGAUUUCUCAAAGUUUAUUUUCUUGUACAACUCCACAGGGUUUGCAUUCCAAGUUCAUACCCUUUGUUUCAGGUAGUGUCUGCAAUUGUGUCUAUUAUUGUAAUCAAGGCUUCUUAUAGUGCAGUACUUAAUUUUGCGGGCUAACAAUUAGUAAAUACGCAAUAAUAAGUCAGAUUUAUCUGAGAAUGAUUGUUGAAAGGACGCAGCUUUUGUCUAAAUGUUAGCUUGCAGUGAGUCUGUUGUGUUGGUGAUCAUCUAGAAAACUUGACGUGUGAUACAUAUAUUUAUUUCCAACAGAAGGUCUUCUGUGUGGACGCCAGAGUAACUGAGGUGGUUCUAACUUUUCUCGGCCCAGUAUCUCAAGAUAAUCAUUUAAGUGUUUCAUUAACUUCAGGGUGUGGAGCUCUUACUUAGUUUUUGAAGGCCUGUUUUCCCAAAAUAGACAAAAUAAUGUUGAUUCAAGGUCUACUCACUAGCUUUUUCCAAAGCUUUCAACCACAUCCCAUCUGCUAACGAAGUGCCACAGUCCCCAUGUGCAUGUGAGGACUGCACAGAGUGGAGGUUUAUCAGAGCUCACUGGGAGACAGCUGGUUCAAUGGGCUAUCCUGUCCUUCUUGGAAAUACAAACGCAUCAGCAGAGCUUAGGUGCGUUGUUCGUUUGAGUUUAGUUUCAAACACUGAUAAGUAGGACCAACCAUACAGCAUUUUAGCCACAAUCAGAUGGCGGUGGCUGGUGAUGUUGAUGAUGAGACAUGAUAUUAUUUGAACAGUUCUGUUUUUAGAGAAGUUAUUGAGAAAACAGGUGAUAUUUAGAGCACUUCCUGGUUAGUACCAUUCAGCCAUAGUUAUAUAAUGUUAUGUUACAGUUAUAUAAUGUCUUCUGGAGGUGGAGUGGCUCUGGAGGAGCUUUAUUAAGUCUGAUAAAACAACCCCUAUGAUGUCAUCAGGGUUAUCUCAGCAUGGGCUUGCAGACCACCAAACAUAAAGCCUGAGUUUUAAACUGGGGACAUGAAGUUUACUUCAUGCUGAGUUAUCCUGACUUCUACUGUACAUACUGUAGAGAUAUCUCAGCCUCUGCUGCUUCAGUUUUCACCAUCCUUUAAAAAAAAUAUGUCUUGCAAGUCUCCAAACAUUAAAGGAGUGGAGUACAAAAUCAUGAAGAAACCCCUUAAAAGGACCAGUGUAUAAUAUUUAGAGGAAUGUUGGCAAGAAUGGAAUAAAAUAUUCUAAACUAUGUUUUCAUUAGUGUAUAAUCACCUGAAAAUAAGAGUGCUUAGAAUGAGCCCUUUAUAUCUACAGAGCCCACCAUGUUGCAGUGCCAUGUUCCUAGAGUAAUUCUGAACGGACAAACCAAAUGCUGCCUCUAUAGAGGUCUUUUCAUGAAUUUAGAAUUUAGAACCCCAGGUUCUCCUACACGCAUUAAUGUGAGGGACGGGUUAUCAGAUGGUUGCGAUUUGCAACCUCACUGCUAGAUGCCACUAAAUCCUACACACUGCUCCCUUAAAUCAUGAUCACACUGUUCUUUAUAACAAGACAAAGGAGUUGUGAUCUUCAGAUAACAGGCCUAAAAAAAAUCAUCAUCAUCCCCCACCGCCUUUCUUAGCUUCCAGUUGUCUGGAAGGAGACUUUGGACUUUUAUUUUUCACAUUGCCCAUUGUAACUGUGUGAUUGUCCUUGCUCCUGCUAAUACUCACAAACUGGCACAGUUUUUUUACCCUUUCAGCUACUCAUUCUAUUUUGAAUUUGUGAUGAUUUUUACGUUGCCUAAAUACUUAUAUUUUGCAUAUCAUUUUCAGUGUUGAUAGAAUUGAGAGAAAGAAAAAGCAUCUUGUAAUAAAAACUUUUUCGUUAUCCCUGGGAAAGUGAAGAAAUAGCACAAUAUCGAGCGCUGCCAUAUACAAAACACACAUCCAGUUGUACUAGAAUAAAGGUUUGUGCUAAGGUGGUGGAAGUUGUUUAGUGUUCCAAAGAGUUUUAUGUGAUGUACAAUACCAGAAUGCAGUUUAUGAUCCUGUUCAGUGUUUAUAUGUGCAAAUAUAAACCAUUGUUACUGUGAAACUGUAGACACCGUAGAAAUGAGAUGCUGUGAAAGUCAUUUUGAGCGUGGUAAACCAGAAUAUUUUCAGAAAUGUCCUUAUGUAAGGAUCAUACCAAUGCACAGUGCCUCACCAUACAGAAGAUUACCAUUAUUUUAUUCAUUUGUUAAUGACAACUUGUCUUCUAUGCUAAUAAAAUAAAUGUAUUACAUACA